AUGCAUCCACCUCGUCAUCGGCCAAAACUAUCGUACGAUAAAGGACGAUGCGUUCCUGUUGGUUGGAAACCAUUAGUAGUUGACCCUCGUGUGCGGAGUUACAUCUACGCUAGAGCUAAACGCACUUGCUUAGAAGCUAGAGAUCGAGAAGCUCAAAGAAGAGCAGCAGAAGAACGCCAGCGUGAGCGCCAGCAGAUGCGUGAACGAGUUGAUGAGGAUUUAGAGGCAUGUGAAGCUGAACUAGAACGAGUGAAGGCUCGCCGUGAUGAACUAGCAGCAGAAAAACACGAAUGCUUCACAAAACUCAUAGCUUGCCUUCAACGAGAGUCGAUGCAGAAGAAAGCGGAAGAUGAGCGCAAACGGAGGGAGUUACUCACGCUUCAAAUACAACAACCGUUUUUGGCCGCAACAAUUCAAGCUCAAGCGCAGGCCCAAGCACAAGCACAAGCAAACAGCCUGAUCUCAAACCAGCACCUGCUUACGCAACAAAAUCUUCUAUCGCAGCAUUUCUCUGCGCAGAAUCUCUUGAACCAGCAGGCAUUGCUUCAACACCAACAGCUACUGGCAGCGCAAAAGUUCCAAGAGCUUGCUCAAGCUCAGCGCACUCUUGUUCAACAGCAACAAAAUGCUGCCCAAGUUACUGCGCAGCAAGCAUUACCGGCGGGAAUAUCACCAGCUUACCUACAGCAAGCACUCGGUCAAGUACAGGGAUUGCUGCCCGGAGCUGCUGCAUCAGGUGCCUGGGGCACGCCACCUGUUGGAAACCAUUUGGUGUUCGGUCAAUUUGCUGUCGAACCACCAAAACCACAAGUACAGCCGAGCAGCUCUCAGGCGCAGCCAGGUCUUGUAAAACCGGAAGCGCCUAGUCCUCAGGUUUCGCCAGCACCUCAAACUCUCACACAGCAAUCAUUCGGCUUGCAAAACCUUCCUGCAUGUAAGUUAUUUUUUUCCUAUUUCCGAGAGUUACUCACGCUUCAAAUACAACAACCGUUUUUGGCCGCAACAAUUCAAGCUCAAGCGCAGGCCCAAGCACAAGCACAAGCAAACAGCCUGAUCUCAAACCAGCACCUGCUUACGCAACAAAAUCUUCUAUCGCAGCAUUUCUCUGCACAGAAUCUCUUGAACCAGCAGGCAUUGCUUCAACACCAACAGCUACUGGCAGCGCAAAAGUUCCAAGAGCUUGCUCAAGCUCAGCGCACUCUUGUUCAGCAGCAACAAAAUGCUGCCCAAGUUACUGCGCAGCAAGCAUUACCGGCGGGAAUAUCACCAGCUUACCUACAGCAAGCACUCGGUCAAGUACAGGGAUUGCUACCCGGAGCUGCUGCAUCAGUGCCUGGUUUCACUGCUGCUGCGCCGGUGACUAGGUGGGUUACGCUGUUCAUCGGUCUUUCUUGUACAUUCUUGCACAUUUUCUGCAGCCUCUUUGUUUCUUUCGGGCAUUAUUUGGUUCCCUUGUUUCCAGUUUUUUCACGAAGAAGAGACUUCACUGUUGUUAAGAUUUUCUUUUUUUUUCACAAAGACGGACAUCACUGUAGUUAA